AAGCCCUCCAUCCCCUCACCAUGUAAGAGCCAUGAAAACAGCGCUCCCCGCAGCAGCCUUGCCAUGGAGGAUGAUGUGUUCCAGCUGAGACAGCUGCCAGUGGUCAAGUUCCGAAGAACAGGAGAGAGCUCCAGGUCUGAUGAUGAUGCCAUCUCAGGAGAACAUGAAAUCCAGAUUGAAGGGGUCCGGUCAGAGUUAGAGGCUGUGGAAUUGGAGGAUGGAGCUGCAGUGCCCAAAGAGUUUGCCAAUCCCACUGAUGAUACUUUCAUGGUGGAAGAUGCGGUGGAAGCCAUCGGCUUUGGGAAGUUUCAGUGGAAACUGUCUGUCCUCACUGGAUUGGCAUGGAUGGCAGAUGCAAUGGAAAUGAUGAUUCUCAGCAUUUUGGCGCCCCAACUGCAUUGUGAAUGGAGACUCCCCAGCUGGCAGGUGGCCCUGCUCACCUCGGUGGUGUUUGUGGGAAUGAUGUCUAGUUCCACUCUUUGGGGAAACAUUUCUGACCAAUAUGGACGAAAGACAGGGCUGAAGAUCAGCGUGCUAUGGACGCUCUACUAUGGAAUCCUCAGUGCUUUUGCCCCCGUGUAUAGCUGGAUCCUGGUCCUCAGGGGCCUCGUGGGCUUUGGGAUUGGAGGAGUUCCUCAGUCGGUAACCUUGUAUGCUGAGUUCCUCCCGAUGAAGGCCAGAGCCAAAUGCAUCUUGCUGAUAGAGGUGUUCUGGGCCAUUGGGACAGUGUUUGAGGUCGUCCUGGCCGUGUUUGUUAUGCCCAGCCUGGGAUGGCGUUGGCUGCUCAUCCUUUCUGCUGUGCCGCUGCUCCUGUUUGCUGUCUUGUGCUUUUGGCUUCCUGAGAGUGCAAGGUAUGAUGUGCUAUCUGGGAACCAGGAAAAGGCCAUCGCCACCUUGAAGAGGAUUGCAACAGAGAAUGGUGCACCAAUGCCCCUGGGAAAAUUGAUCAUUUCCAGACAGGAAGACCGGGGCAAAUUUAGGGAUCUUUUCACACCCCAGUUUAGGUGGACAACUUUAUUGCUGUGGUUUAUAUGGUUCUCCAAUGCAUUUUCAUACUAUGGAUUAGUUUUGCUAACUACAGAGUUCUUUCAAGAAGGAGAUGUCUGCAACAUGUCCAGCAGAAGGAAAGCUGUGAAGGCCAAGUGUAGCCUGGCUUGUGAGUACCUGACUGAGGAGGAUUACAUGGACCUGCUCUUGACCACUUUAUCAGAGUUUCCUGGCAUCCUUGUGACUCUGUGGAUCAUCGAUCGUCUAGGCCGAAAGAAAACAAUGGCCCUCUCCUUUUUCGUCUUCUCCUUCUGUAGUCUCCUGUUACUCAUCUGCGUUGGAAGAAGUGUCCUCACCGUGCUUCUGUUCAUCUCAAGGGCUUUCAUUUCAGGAGGAUUUCAGGCUGCCUACGUUUACACUCCAGAGGUUUACCCCACAGCUACCCGGGCCCUGGGACUGGGCACCUGUAGUGGCAUGGCAAGAGUGGGUGCCCUCAUCACUCCAUUUAUUGCUCAGGUGAUGUUGGAAUCGUCUGUUUACUUGACUCUGGUGGUAUACAGUGGCUGCUGCCUCUUAGCUGCCCUCGCCUCCUGCUUUCUGCCAAUUGAAACCAAAGGCCGUGGUCUUCAGGAGUCCAGCCACCGGGAGUGGGGUCAGGAGAUGGUGGGAAAAGGCUCCCACAACAUGGGUGUGACCAGGUCAAAUUCUGGAUCACAAGAGUGA